UAGCCGUAUACCUCAAAUUACAACACUUCGGCUGCAAAGCGCAAAUCAGAAAUCUAAACCCCAUUACAUCCAUAGAUACCAAUCACAACACUCGCUAUUCCAUCUCACUUGGGUCCAAUGGCUGCUAACAUUGCUCCUGGGAGUAUUGACAAGGAACAGAUUUUCGGUAUGGCUGAGAAGGAGAUGGAGUACAGGGUUGAGUUGUUUAACAAGCUUACCCACACAUGCUUCAACAAGUGUGUUGAAAAGAAGUACAAGGAGUCUGAGCUAAAUAUGGGUGAAAACAGUUGCAUUGAUCGCUGCGUCUCAAAGUACUGGCAGGUAACUAAUUUAGUUGGUCAGCUGCUUGGUGCCGGUAGACCUCCUAUGUAAGAUUUGGACCUAGUCUACUGGAGUCUCACUCUUCUUUCGAUAAUUGUUGUUGGAUUGGGGUAUGUGGAACUGUAAUCGAUCUCUUGCUACUCUCUUUUGUUGUUGGGGAAGUUUUUGAUGUAUACUGCUGUUCAGUUCCAUGAUAGAAUUGGAAAUUAGUCUCUACUGUUUCCUCAAACAAUUGUCAUUGUUUUUUUACUUUAAUGUUGCACCUCAAAGUGUU